UGGGGUGACUGAUAUUGUAAAGCAAGCACCUUGCUUGUUUAACUGAAAAGAAAGUGAAAAUAAUUCUAAGCAACUUGCUAUAGUAAAGAUGGCUGUGUAUGUAUUGUCCACAUGAGGUAACAGGUUUGAAUUUCAAGGCUAUAGAAAAGAUGGCUGUGAAUCUAUUGUCAACAUUAGGUACUAGGUUCAGAUUUCAAGUUUGGUAUUGUAGUUGAAGCAGUUGAGAUUGUAAUCUGUUGAUGUUUUGAACUAUUGCUAUGAACUAUUGAUGUUAGAGUUGGAGAUUUUUACUUAUGUUGAUAGUUUCGGUAUGAGGCGUCAGAGGUGAAGUGUGCAGCUAUUGGUCUAAGGUUUUUGUCUUUUUUAAAGUUUUCAAAUUUAAAUAUUUCAUUGAAGUUAGCUGUAUUGCAGUUGAUAGCUUUGUCAUAAAAAUCUGCAUUAAAUUUGUAAAUAUGCUGAGAGAGAGUCGGGAUUUUGAGAUCUCUGUGGAUGUUUGAGUUUCUAAUGAACCAUCUGGCGCAGGUGAUUUUACGGAGUAUUUUGUUUUGGCACGGGUUCAGUUUCUUCAUUAGAUGGUCUGGAAUUGUGGCCCAAGCAGGAGAAGCAUAUGUUAGAAUGGCUCGGAUCAUGGAAGUGUUUUUGUUUUUAAGUGAAACAUUCCGGUUGUAGAUGAGAGGUUGAAUUGCAUUUAUUGCUGUAUUGGCUUUGUCUAUUGCAUUUUUCAUGUGGUCGGUCCAGGUGAGUUUGCUGUUAAUGGCCCGACAUGACGGCGCAGUUACAGAGCACACCUCGACACAUAGCGUUUAUUUCUCUAGCCCUAGGAUUUUUAGUAAUAUGGACAGCAGUGUUAGCCGGUGUCCUUGUCGCUAGGACGGUCAAAGAUGAAGCAAGUGCAAAAGAAACAUUAAAGGUUUUUCACACCCAUGAAGAUGUUGGAAAAAUACUUUUUGCUCUCGGACAUGAACUAGUAUCCACUGUUGAUUGGAUGCUUUCCACUCCAGACAAAACGAAAGCGGAUUCUAUAAGUGUGACAUGGGAAAUCACAAACAAUAUGCUAGCCAAACUGAAGGAGAACACUUCAGAACGUUGGGUGUCCAGUACGAUUUCGAUGAUAGGCACACUGCGGGAGAGACUCGCCAUCUUCAGGGAAACUGUUUCCGACGUCAAGUCGAAUCCGAUGUCAACUGUCAAAUUUUACCUCGACCUGAGCAACUGGGUCUUACAAAGAUGCUUCCUUCUGGACUACACUGGGCAACACCUUCCAGUGCCCAGUUUGCCUUAUACUCUGUUCGUCAAAGGCAUGGCUCAACGUUUUGGCGAGCUCGCUUUCGGCACUAUUUACGUGAAGUCGGACAUUCCGAUCGACAAGGCAGAGUUUUUCAAACUAAGAACGGGUAGUGAAGAACUCAUGGAAGCUGCCUUCCAUUUCACCCCCAGAGCCCGUACAAAAUGGGUUGAGCUCCAGGAACAAGAACCUGGAGUGCAAAAAGUGAUGUCCGCCGUCAUCGACGACAUCCUCUCGGGGAGUUCUCUCCGAGGGCAGAAAGAGCUCGGCAAUGACUACUUAGAUGCUGUGAAAGAACAAAUUGCAAUGUUGCUGCUGACAAAGGAGGUGUUGAAUGCAUCUCUGUCUUCUUGGGUCGAUCGACUUGCAUUGAAAUCUCACAAUACCCUCGCGUUCCAUAUGUCCAUUGCAAUAGUCGCUGUUAUCGCAGUUCUCCUUUGUUUGAUUGUCACAACGUGUUCCUGCAGCUAUCUGAGCAAGAGACAGCCAGAUGCUGAAAAGAAUAACAGUCAUAUGCCUUAUAGUUCACUAGACAAAUCAUCUGUGUUAUCGUCCAAUAUGAAACUGCAAUGUUAUAUGUAACUAGAUUAAUUAAUUUAAAUUGUAGUAUAGUAUUUAUAUAAUGUGAUCUCAUUUGUACAAAGAUUUUAGGAAGAAAAUAAAUUUUUUAUAUUUAUUGAUUA